AUGGAAAUUGCGGGACUUGGAUUUUUGCAAAGAUGGCGUAGAGAAAGAGGAGAGCACUUGGAAAAAUGUAGGUACCCUUUCCUGGACGUCUUGAAAAAAGGGAAUGCAUCUCUGUGGAGGAGGGAUGGCUGCAUCACCCAGUGUGAGGAAAAAUCAAACGAAAUGCCCAAAGAAGGGGAAAAGAGCACCUUAGCAGAUAACGAUAUAGAUGGGCAGAAAAAUAAAAUGAAUGAAGACGAUUCCAAUGCGUUGAAGGAUCUAGCCAACUCUUCUUUGGUGAAUUCAUUCGACGCUCCAAAUGCUUUGCUCUUUGAAAACUUAAACAAAGAAUAUAAGUUUAUAACUACACAAGACAACUUCGAUGGGUUCAGAUUCGAAGUGGAUAAAAGCGUGAACAAAUACUUACAGUCGACACACACACUUUUCCUUGGGACAACCUUAAGGGACGUCGGGUACUUGUACCAGUUCGGGGCAAACUUCACCAACAGCGAUAACAGCUUGCUAAUGAUUAGCAGAAUAAACAUUGAUGGUAGUGUGAAUGGAAGAUUUUGCAAAAGAAUAGACAACAGCAUUGACUGUAAGCUCAAUUUUAACACUUAUGCGAAAAGCGAUACUAGGAAUAUGUACGAAAUGGCUGUAGAGGUUAACAAGCCUAUAUACACCUACAGCGUGAAGACCAUAUGGCAGGGUACUUGGAUCUUUAAUGCGUCAUACACACAAAUGUUGAGUAAGAAAUUUCAAACCGGGGUGGACCUAACAUAUAUUGCAUCCAAUUGUGCAUCCAUUGGAUCCUUUGGACUUCGAUAUAAUCACAAAAAUAAUGUCCUGUCCAUGCAAGUGGUCAGGCAGCCAAAUUUUAAAUCGCCUGAAUUUAUGCUUAACCAGACACACUUAUAUAAAAUUCAGUAUGCUAAGAAAGUGUCCGAUCGGUUAUCCUUGGGGACAGAACUUGAGGUCACUCCGCAGACGAAGGAAUCCGCCAUGCGUCUGGGGUGGGACUACUCCUUUCGUCAUGCGAAAGUCCAGGGAAGCAUCGACACGAGUGGGAAGAUUGCCGUGUUUACGCAGGACUACUCAGGCUUUGGGGUCAGUGGGUACAUAGACUACCCGAACAAUGAAUACAAGUUUGGCUUCAUGAUGCACAUAGCCCCCUCGCAGGAGCAGCCUGUUCAGCCCACACCAUAG